UCAAGCUACUAAAGGCAUGCAUUUGGUCAGUUUUAUUGUUCACAUGGACAUUAUUUAUGUUUGUACCAGUGUUUUCCACAAUUAUAGUCAAUUGGAAUCAUGGGACUGUACAUUAUUUUUGUUAACAUUAGGAGUAGGAUAGAAUAGAAAUUGCUGUCCCUUGCUUCCAAGAAACUGGAACUGAAAAAUAAUAAAAGUGAAGGAAUGAUUUACUUUGUAAUCCAUUUUGGGUCUGUGUUUGUGUGUGCUGCUGAGAUUUUUUUGUAUGUCAGUACGUAAGGCAGUUUCUGUAUGAUUCUAUAUCUCUGAGCAGACUGACUUAUGUGUCAGUCAAUAGUCCUAAAAGUGAGACAGAUCUGUAUGUUGCGAUCUGUAUGAUGGCAUUUUAUUCCAACUGUCGUGUUAUAAUGAACAUAAUGAAAAGCACAAUAUGUACGUGAAGUUAUGAGCCAGGCAUUUGAAAAGACAAAUUACAUGAAGUCACCUUAUUGGGGAAUUUCAGCUGAACUGAGAUCUUUCCCUCCUUCCAUUGCAGCUCUGAGGUUCUCUGUGGUUCCAUAAGUGAUGGUCUCUGAGUGAUACUGAUGUCCACCACUUGAAGUAGCUUCUGUCCCAAGUGCUCAUCCUGCCCGAGCUGUGAAGGUUAUGAGUGACGAUCCAAGUCCCAGAGAGGAGCUGGACUCCCACCACAAGGAGCUGGCUGACAUGAUGGCAGCCAUCAGUGUGGUAGCUGGGAAGAGCCUUGUUUCCAAUGGACAUAUCUCUAGUGGACCACAGGACCAAGCCCGGAGAUCGCCUCAGUCACAGAAUGUCUCAAACAGGAAAAUGUCCUUACAGGAACGGGCGACAUACCAAAGACCAAGUCGUAGGCCAACCAUUGAAUCCAAAAGGGUGUCUAUCUCCGAUGGCCAGGAUUGUGUUCAGCUCAACCAGUACAAGUUGAAGAGUGAAAUUGGGAAGGGCUCCUACGGGGUGGUAAAAUUGGCCUACAAUGAAGAUGAUGACAAAUAUUAUGCUAUGAAAGUAGUUUCUAAGAAGAAGUUGUUGAAGCAGUGUGGAUUUCCACGUCGCCCCCCUCCCAGAGGACAGGAAAGUGUCCAAGGACAGGAGCCCAGGGUCCUUGGACCACUGGAGAGAGUAUACCAGGAAAUUGCAAUCCUGAAGAAGCUGGACCAUCUGAAUGUUGUGAAACUAGUUGAGGUUCUUGAUGAUCCUGAUGAAGACAGUCUUCAUAUGGCAUUUGAGUUAAUGCAGAGGGGGCCUGUGAUGGAGGUUCCCACUGACAAGCCAUUCACAGAAGAACAGGCUUGCAUCUACUUCAGAGACAUCGUCCUGGGCAUUGAAUACUUGCACUUUCAAAAAAUCAUCCAUCGGGACAUCAAGCCCUCCAACCUGCUUCUGGGGGAUGACGGGCAUGUGAAGAUUGCAGACUUUGGGGUCAGUAAUGAGUUCAAGGGCAGCGAUGCCCAGCUCUCCAGCACUGCCGGGACACCUGCCUUCAUGGCCCCAGAGACCCUGACAGACGAGCUUCAGAGCUUCAGCGGGAAGGCUCUUGAUGUGUGGGCAAUGGGAGUCACCCUUUACUGCUUUGUGUUUGGAAAGUGCCCUUUUACAGAUGAGUAUAUUCUGGCUUUGCACAGACGGAUCAGAACCCAACCUGUGGAGUUCCCAGAUACGCCGACUAUCAGCAAUGAUCUUAAGGAUCUGAUCCUGAGAAUGCUGGAGAAAAACCCCAACACAAGGAUCACAGUUCCUGAAAUCAAGUUGCACCCGUGGGUAAGCAAAAAUGGUACAGCGCCUCUGCCAUUAGAGGAAGAGCACUGCACGGUAGUCGAGGUGACAGAGGAGGAGGUGCAGAACUCAGUCAAGCUCAUCCCCAGCCUGUCCGCCAUGAUCCUGGUCAAAGCCAUGCUGAGGAAGCGCUCUUUCAGCAACCCCUUUGAGUACCUGGCCAGGAAGGAGAGAUCCAUGUCCGCCCCAGGGAAACUGCUGAUGCAGCUAUAUGAAGGCAAUGGAGAGAGAUGAGGAGGGGGGAUAUAUGGGAAGGCUUCGGCAGGUGAAAUGCAACUCGUGCAGCAGCAUUCUGUAUCAGCUGGAGAGGUUUGGUGGCAGAGGUUGGAAGGCCAGACUUAAGUCGAUCAUCACUCCCAGGCUCUUAGCCGAUGAGGUAGACAAAUAAGCAAGUUGUCCAGUUUGAUGGAAACUUCUUGACAGGAGGUGGGACCAGCUGGGAGGUAAAGGAUCUCUGUUUUGGACAGGUUAAGUUGAAGGUGAUGAUCAGACAUCCAGUCAGAGGUGUACGAGAGGUAAGUGGUGAUGUGUGAGAAAAUAUUAUAUUGACACUGAUGAAUGGUUUUGCCUGGUUGACACUGCCAGUGUGAUAUGAUUUUGUUCCGCCAUGUUGUGUCAUACUAAGCACAAGAUUCUGUACAUAGUUAAUUUUUAGUAUUCUGUGAUUUUCUUAACUGUUCACGUGGGUUAUUGUUUAACUUUGUUUUUGCUGCAUUUAAUGACUGCUCUGAACCCAAACGACUAGAUUUGUGUUGUCAGGAAUCACCUGUGGAGGCCUGAGAACAUGCGUGUGUGCUUCUUCUGUUUUCUUUUUUGAGGGUCCUGUGAAGAACUGUGUACCUGACAAAAAGCAAUUCUGCUGAAAAAGCUAUAUAUUUUCACAACCUGUUUCAGCAAUUUUUUUUUUUUUUUUGCUGUGGACUCUGGUAUUUGAGGGAAGGUAAUAUACACACAGUCUUUGAAAACCUGACAUUCUGUGUGUUAGGGGCUGGUUUUUCUAAAUAUGCCAGUGCAUUUCAUUACCCCUUGUUCUUGCUGGGCACUUGAUUUGACAGAAGUCCAAAAUUUCUUGCAUGACGACCUUGACGACCUGUUCUUUGGUUCCCUUCUCUCUAUUUACAGUGACACGUGUCUGUUGCGCUCCUCUGGAAAGCUGCAUCCAUCCCUCAGGUAACUGAGUCUUUAUAUGCUCUCCCUCUCAGGUCAUGGGACUCUUUGUAUGCACAAGAAACCUGAGGGUGAUGGAGUUUAAAGGUUGCAGUACAGGCUGCAGGAUUAAGCUAGUCAAAGAGAGAGUGUAACACUGAAGCUGCUUUACAGUGGGGAGGUCAAGAGCUCAGCUGUACUGUUAGGGGUGUCAUAAGCUGUAAUAAAUUCGGAGUGUUUUGGUGUAAAGGCUUGUGGUUGGGUUUUUUAUUUCCAGUCCUGGGGACUUAAGCAACGUCACCAUUUUGCUGUAGGCCAGCAUUAUCAUAGCAAUGACUUGUUGUCCAAGCCCUUUGUUUAGUUAAAAUGGGUGUGUUAUGGGUGUGCUGUGGCUGGACUUGCUCUAAAAUGUGUAGUCUCUUGGAUCCUAAGAACUAGAAUUGAAGAAUUACCUUAAUAGGGGUCAUUUGCUUCAUUGCAUAAUUCAUCAAUCAGUGUGUGUUUCCAUCCAUCUCUUUGUAAUUCUGUCUUUGUCUGGCUCUGUGUUCAUGCCAGUCUCAGUGUGAUUCUGUGUGUAUGGCUCUCUGCUUUACUCUGUGCGUGCGUGCGUGCAUGCGUGCCUCUCUUUGAUUCCGUUGCUCAUUUUGCUGGCUCUCUCUCCCUUCUGGCCUCUCCAGAUCAGGAAGUGGGAGCAGCCGGGGGAGCAGGGAGGGCGAGCUGGAGGACCUCUGUGAAGAUGAACCUUCAGUCUGAAGCCC